AGAAAAAAGUGCGCGUGUGGAUUAUUCCACCGAGCAGAAGGAUGUACACACGUUGCCAGAGAUUUGGAUCAGAGGUUCUUUAGAUCUGAUGUAAAUAAUGGCUCAUUCUAUUAUCAGUCAAGCAGCAAAGUCGCCUGCAGUAGUUUAUAUGCAAGCAUAUUUUGUGACAAUUGCUACUAUCCUUGGAACUGGCAUUCUGGGUCUUCCUGUCACGCUGACCCAGUCGGGGUUGUAUCCCUUCCUGAUUUCCUUUAUCCUGGAUGCAGUUAUGCAGAGCAUCCUUAUCCAUUUCUUCACUGAUCUGCUUCAGAGAGCCUAUGCUAUGCAGCUACAUGAUCCAGAGGAGGAGGCUGUCCCACUAAGCAAGAUGGUUGAAGAGGAUUUCAGCCUAGACUCUGAAGACAGCGGGGAUAUCGUGAUGAAAGAGAUCAGAAUUCCAGAAGCACAGGAAAGAGCAACCCACUUCCCGAAUCUUCACUUGCUGGGGAAGCUGUUUUUACCGUGUGGCAUUCAACAGAUGUUUGAUGCCCUUAUCAUCCUUCAGUUCAUAGCACUAUUGAUCUGCUAUGCUUUGGCUGGGAGUGAGGCAUAUGCACAGCUGAUAGGGACAAGCCACUUCUACGUCAUCCCUGUCUUUGUGUGGCUUCUGACUUUGGGCAUUAUAUUUGCCAUACAUCUGAUUCAGCCAGUUGUGUCCAUCCUUACCUUCCUUAAGGGCUCAGUUCUCCUGGCUACGACCCUUGUGACAUUUUAUGUGGGAAUGUCAGUGGGCCGAAAAAUCAACAAUGAUUUUACAUACAUUGGGGCUCCAUUUUUGAUGGGUACAGUUGCCUUAGGAGGAGCUAUAAACACAAUGCCAUUUACCUAUGAAAAGAUACAGUACAAAAAGAAACAGAUAGCAAAUUACAGAUUAGCUGUUCACCUGGGCCUUUGGACUUGUGUUGUUUUAAAUAUUUUGUGGUGCUGGUCUGUGCUGUAUAUUGUGCCCCAGACAAUUGCCCAGGCUUGUGCUGAACCUUUGUUUCAUCAACCAUCAUCAUUGGUAGCUGCCAAUGUAUCUUCAGCUGCAGAUCUUUCUGGGAUACAGUGCUAUGGAAAACUCUCUCUUCAGAGUGCAAAGCUUAAUGGAGAAAUCUCUACAUUGCCACUUACAGAACUGCUGACUCGUGACUUUCCGAAGUAUUUGUGGGUAGCAGUGUUGAUAGAGGUCUUCAUUAUGAUCAGCAUCACUGUGUCCUUUUUGACUAUUGGCAGUGCACUGCAUCACACUUUGACAGGAGUGGUACAGACAGUUGUGGAGGCUAGAGGUUUAAAUCUGGGACCUAACUCGUCUAGGUGUUGUGCAAAACAGUGGCUUAUAACAUCCAUUGUCUCCAUUCUGGCCUUUGCUGUAGUCUUCAUUGUGGCUAUGCUCGACCCCCAGGGCUUUGUGGACAUCUUGGAAAAGUUUGCCUCGCUAACCCUCAAUGCUCAGGCAGGGAUUUUUGUCUUCUUGAUGCUGCUGUCAGCCAGGAAACACCGUUCACUACAUAUUCCUUUGCCACUGCCAGACUGGGCAUACCUCUUUAUGUGGACUAUUCCUAUUUUCUUUGGCUCUGCAGUACUCGUGGACAUCUACAGUACCAUUAGAGACAUCCUGUACCCAGAACACCUUGUACCAGUUCUGAUGAAUAUUUCUGCCCCAAUUCACUCUUCUGGGGUUCCAGUUUCUACGCUUGCCAAUACUGUACAAAAGUCUACAGUUUUUUAACCUGUUUUAAGAUUCAACAGCAAUUUGGUGAUGUAGUUUACAUAUCUUGUGUCUGUUUCGCAAAAUGCUAAGUCUGACUAUGUGUAACAUUCCACAAAGUGCAUGAAUGUAUUUUUGUAAGUAUUAAUGUUGCUGUCACAAAGUGUUCUACAAUGGUGGAAUGUGGAUCCAGGCGAAAGAAAAUGAAAAAGUAGCUUUUGUAUUUAAUAUUUGUUGAAGACUGUUAAUCCGAAUAAAUGCUUUCAGUUGACAGAUAAGAGAGACUGCACAAGAACACCAAAAUUAAAAUGUUUCUGCUUCAGCAAUCCAUCGCAGUAAAGACUAAAUGGGACCUGCACAUUGACAUGUAAUUCAUGUGCAUCUAGCUGCAUGUGUGGUAGAAACUUAUCAUUUACAGCUGACAAGAGUUGUGUGUAAAUCUGGUUGUGACACAGAAUGUGAGAGAAUAUACUCAUUUGUGAUUAUUUUUCAGUAAUUAUUACCUUUUUUUUUUUCAUGUGAUUUCCCUUUCCUUGGCUUUACUCACAGUCAAGUUAUUAGACUUAUUUUGUGGAAGGGACAAAAUGUAGAAAACAUUGUUACUGAAGGGUCUAGGGUGUCCAGUUCUCUAGUUCUUUAACAUUCCUGAUUGCAUGCUUGGACAUGACCUGAUACUGUUUACAUUUCUUCAUUUCAUUUGAAGAGAGUAUACUGUAUAUUAUGAUUAUGAUUUUUGUAAAAGAAUGUUUUUAAAGUUUCUAUUUAUUUAUAUACAUAUUUAUACAUCCACAUCCUAGUCCCCCAUGCACAUGCCUAGUGCCAAGCCAUAUGAGUUUAUUUGUAUUUUCCACUUGGUUAUGUGAUGUAAGAUGCUUGGACUUUUUAUUUUAUUUUUCAUCAUUCACUCUUGUGAUAGCAAAAGAUAUGUUUAAAAUGUUUUUAAAGCUAAGAAAUUCUAUGGUUUCAGAUUAUACUUGAAUUCAUGAAGCAGCCAAGAUUAUUUCAGUUUUACUUGCUAUGUAUUGUUAUUGCUUGCUGAGGCCUUCACUCUGAAACUGUAUAUCACUACUCAGCAGUGCUUCCCCCCUUUUCCUACAAAUCCUACCCACCCACCACACACACAUACACUCCGUGCUUGAAGUAAUAGAUCCGUCUGUGACAUCAUGAAGUAUAAAAUAUACCAUGAAAUGCAGCAAAACAAAUGAACAAUACUACUGUUCUCGGCAUAAUAUUUUAUUGACAGCAUGUGAUGUCUGGAAUAAGCAUUUUUUGUACAAGUGUUAUUAGCACUGUUAACACUAGCAAGUGAUUUAAUCAUUGUUAAGGAUGAUUUAGUUACAUUAUAUACCUUGUGAUGUUAGGAAGUACUCUUAACAGUAUUUCUUUUAUGUCUUACAGCUAGUGAUGUAUUGCCUUGUGCAGUUUUAUAGAUCACAUGAAUUGUAGUAGGCUACCAUAGUUUUAAGUACAGUAUUAUUUUUGGUGCAGUUCAUGGAUUACUUUCUGGAAUUUUGAUGUUCUAGCAAGAUAUUACUAUUUUUCUUUCUCCUUGGCAUGCACUCUGAUUUCGGCCUGCAAUUUUAUGUAAAAUCAGUUGACCCCAUGUGUAACUCAGGGGGAUUUAAUCCCAGAUGUAACAUUAACACUGAGAAAUGCUCUUGCAGAGGUUUAAAAAAAAAAGUCCUAAAACUUUCAUGUGUGAUACCAGUUAUCUUCUCCAUCUCUUAACAUAUUUAGCAGUUAAAUGUUAAGAUCUGCUUUCUGCUUUUGCAUAAAAAGAUAUCCACUACUAUUGUCGUCAUCAUCUUCAUUGAAGUUUAGAAUAACUCUAACACUGAAUAGAUCAUUAUGCAUUAUUAAUGCACUUGUAGUGAAUCCAAGAACAAUGCACUUGGAGUAUUCAGCUGAUGCAAAGUUUUUCACAUGAAAUUGUAUAAUUGUGGAAACAAUCAUAAACAUUGCAAAGAGCUCAUUCAUGUGACUUUUAUGUAGGUCUGAAAUCCUCCACUCAUGUUUUGUCCACAAAUCUUGGCUCCAACUUAUCUCUUUCAAAAAAUGACAAAGUUUACAGGGCUGAUCGAUGUUUUGUUCUCCAGGCUUCCUACUCCACCCUGUGUGUGUGUUCAUGUAUAAAGGUGUAUUUUUUAUGCGUACGCUAAAAAGGUGUUUGCAUACCUGUAAGCCCUGCUUUGGUGCUAGGGAAGGGCACUAUACAAUGCACUGUAUUAUUGUUAUCAUCAUUGUUAUAUAUUCUGACAAAACUAAGUUAUUUAAUUUCAGUUAUCUCUAUACUCUGCAACAAAGGUACUAUAUUAAACUUUGUGCUCCAAUGACAAGGAGAAAUUGUGGUAUUAUGCUUCAUAUAUAUCUCUAUUGAGAUAUGACCAAAUAUUAUAUAAGAUUGAAGGAAAAAUAAAUGACAUUAUCUGACCA